AUGUUUCCUACUAAAUCUCCAGGAGUGGAUGGUAUGUGGGCACUGUUUUAUCAGAAGUAUUGGGGGGUGGUAGACAAUGAUGUUGUAGGGUACUGCCUUAAUGUCUUGAAUGGGGGUGCCAGUGUGAAAGAAAUUAAUCAUACACUUUUGACGCUCAUUCCUAAGGUAGACAAUCCGGUUAAAGUUACGGAGUUUUGGCCGAUUAGUUUGUGUACGGUGAUCUAUAAGAUGAUUUCCAAGACUAUAGUUAACAAGUUGAAGCCUAUUAUGCCGCUUAUUAUCUCUGAGUGGGCGAAGGUUGGGAGUUUUCCCGUAUAUGUGUGUGCGAAAGUUUCCUGCGUGAGGCAAGUCUCACUUGUGUGCGUUGGUAUUACUUGUUCUGCUGCGUGUGCUCUGAAGCCUCACGGGUUUGGAGGUGAAGAGAAGGCUGACUUAGGUGGAGUCUAA